AUGGCUCUUUUUCAAUUGUGGGUAGAUCGUGACUUGUUAGCUCUCAUUUUCUUCAGGCUUGACUACAUGCUUAUUGAGAUUCCAACACUUACAUCCGAGGUGACCGGUUCUCCCUCUCCACCUGCAAACACCCACAUUCAUGUAUAUAUAACUAAUCAGACACUCUCCAGAGUUAAUCCAUCCCACUUCAAUCAAAUGGCCACACACUCUCUACAAUCACUAGCUCUCUUCUCAUGGCUUCUCCUCCAUGCCUAUGCCUCCUCUUCAAUAGAGAGGAGCACCUACAUAAUCCACAUGGAUGACUCCGCCAUGCCCAGUGCUCAUAAGACCCACCAACAGUGGCAUCAAGCAAUCCUUGUGGCCCUCUCUCCCGUAGACCCCCCUCCCCACCUCUACUCCUAUGACCACGCCCUCCAUGGCUUCUCUGCUUCCCUUUCACCCUCGGAGCUUGAUGAGCUUUCUCGCUCGCACGGCUUUGUCUCGGCCUAUCGAGAUGUUCAAGCCACGCUCGACACUACGCACACCUUUGAAUUCAUUGGCCUUGGCUCCGACACUGGCCUUGGGCCAAAAUCGGGAUAUGGAAGUGGCGUCAUUAUCGGGAUGGUGGAUACCGGUCUUUGGCCAGAGAGUGAGAGCUUCCAUGAUAAUGGCAUGCCUGAGGUGCCGAAAAAAUGGAAGGGUGGGUGCGAUCCUGGCGUUGCCUUCAAUUCGUCACUGUGCAAUCGGAAGCUCAUUGGCGCACGCUUCUUCAAUAAAGGCGUGGAGAAGAACAAUCCUAACAUAACUUUCUCCAUGAACUCAACCAGGGAUACUAUUGGGCACGGGACCCACACUGCGUCGACGGCUGCGGGCAACUAUGUAUCGGGCGCAUCAUACUUUGGGUAUGCAAACGGCACAGCUCGUGGGAUGGCGCCACUUGCCGGGGUGGCAAUGUACAAAGUUAUCUGGAAUGAGAUGUUCUACGCCUCCGAUGUGCUGGCUGGCUUGGAUAGUGCACUGGAGGAUGGUGUUGAUAUCAUCUCAAUUUCAAUGGGAUUCAAUAGGGUUCCAUUGUACGAGGACCCUGUUGCCAUCGCAUCCUUCUCGGCAAUGGAGCGGGGAAUCGUCGUAUCCUCCUCGGCUGGCAACGCCGGGCACAGUUUUGGCAGUUUGCACAAUGGUGCACCCUGGCAGCUCACUGUGGCUGCCGGCACUAUGGACCGCCAGUUCUCAGCCCAAAUAACCCUUGGCAACGGAGUGUCCAUAACAGGCUCAUCCUUCUUCCUCAAGAAUGAGCACCUAUCAGGUUUUCCGCUUCUCUACAAUGACACCUUAAAGGCCUGCAACUCCUCGACAUUACUCCCUCCGAAUACCAAGGCCAUCGUGGUAUGUGAAGGGAACGACACAAUAGAUUUGAAAUCGCAGAUAGGCUUCGUAACAGAGACAGCAGUCGCAGGGGCAGUGCUCAUCACAAACCUGACUUCCUUCCUAAAUAUAAACAUACCUUGUCCUGCAGUCUUGAUAAGCCAAGAGGAGGCAAAGCCUCUACUUGACUAUGUAACUAAGAGCACCGAGCCACAGGCCUCCUUGAGCUUCCAGCACACAUUAUUUGGUGCCAAGCCAGCGCCCAUUGUUGCAUCUUACAGCUCGAGAGGGCCAUCAGUGUUUACUCCCGGGGUCCUGAAGCCAGAUGUCAUGGCUCCAGGGUCCAAGGUUCUUGCAGCAUGGCCACCCAACAUACCAGCUGGUAGACUCGACUCGAAAUCUCUGUUCAAUGACUUCAACCUUCUAUCUGGAACAUCCAUGGCAUGCCCCCAUGUGUCAGGUGUGGCGGCUCUACUAAAAGCAACGCACCCAGAAUGGAGCCCGGCCGCCAUACGUUCUGCUUUGAUGACCACGGCCAACCUUGUCGACAACACCAACAAACCUAUAGGGGCCUCUGACAAAGAGCCUGGUGUACCUGCAACCCCACUAGACAUGGGUGCAGGCCAUGUGAACCCGAACUCUGCCAUGGACCCUGGGCUCAUCUAUGAUGCUGGGCCUGAAGACUAUGUGAACCUCCUCUGUGCUCUAAAUUAUACCCAAAAUCAAAUCAAGACCAUUACAAGGGGUUCGAAUUAUACUUGCUCCAAACCAUCUUUGGACCUCAAUUAUCCAGCUUUCGUGGCGUUUUGUGAUAAUUCUGACCAGGUUUCGCAGGCUUUUAAGAGGGUCCUCACCAAUGUUGGAGACAGAGUUUCAGUUUACAACGUGAGGACAACUACCGGAUUGGAAGGUUUCACGGUGAAGGUGGUGCCGGAAACUCUGAUUUUCGAGCGAAGGUACGAAAAGAGAGAGUUCAGUGUGAGUAUAGAAGGAAAGUUAACUAGUGAUAGCCCGGUAAUCCAUGGCUAUGUGAUUUGGGAGGCUGCUUAUUCAAAGCAUGUGGUGAGGACUCCCGUGGUGGUGGCAAGGCCUGAGAUAAAGCCAAGGGCCAACAAGACCUCUUGA